ACCACUAAUAACAAUGCAGUAUAUUAAACAAUCAGUGCAUAGUCUUAUUAUUCGACUUUGUGUGUAUGUACAAAGUGCACAUUCUUAUCACAUUGUUUCGUCCCUCGUGGUCUAGUGCAUUGUGUAAGAGGUUAAGUACAGGGGACUACACAUCCGGGUAGCAUCUUGUGGUCGUGGUUUUAAGCAACAUGGAGCCUGUGAACUGAAAGACAUUUGUUCAGAGACUCGGCGUUGGCCGCCAUUUUGUGGCGAUUGGGUUGGUUCAUAAUAGUAUUAAUUGGCAAUGGCAAUGGUGUAUGAUGUGUGCAUCGUCGGUGCUGGUAUGUGGGGCUCCACAGCGGCUCGCUACGUCUCAGGACACAAGGAUUUGACUGUGUGUUUGGUUGGACCCGAGGAGCCCUCAUCACAGGAGUUUCCCACACGUGAAAUCUUCGGUGCUCAUUAUGACGCGGGUCGCAUCUACACCAAGUUCCAUGACGCUGGUCACGUUGGACGUAUCAGGAGUGUAUUGAGUGAACGAGCAAUAACAAGGUUUCCAGAGCUAGAGACACAAUCCGGAAUGCAAUUUUACAAGGAAGUUGGUUUCAUCCAAUUUGGCGACUGCAUAGAUGAAUUUGACUCGAUCCCAGAGGGCGGUGUUCAACAUUCAGCCUCAGCCAUACAGCAACUCUACCCGUACAUUGACAUCAGUGCAGACAGUCCGAACGGGAUACUCGCCCAAACGAACGCAGGAUACCUCAUAGCACGUGACUACGUCAAGGCGCAGACAUUGGUUGCCCGUCGACAGGGCUGUGACGUCAUCACUGACGUAGUCAACCGAGUAACCAAUGGCUUGGCUGGAGAUGACCACGUGCUCGUUGAGACCGAGGGUGGGAAGAAACUGAGAGCGAAGCGCGUACUACUGUGCACGGGUGCCUUCACACAUUUUAAAGAUCUCCUGCCCGAGGGAUGCAAAUUAGAUGCAAUGGUCACGACUGACAUUGCUGUUAGGUUUGAAAUUGAUGCCGAGUGUGCGGAGAGGCUUCGGGAUAUGCCUUCUGUGACGUCAGACUUUCAAGAGCCAUCACCGAGAGAGUGUUAUAUCCUUCCGCCGAUCAAGUACCCAGACGGUAAAAUUUACGUGAAAAUAGGCCACGGCGGUUACUUAGAGGAAACGUUGUCUUCAUUGGAUGAAGUGAAACGAUGGUAUACCGAGCCAGCUGAUAUGGAGGUUGUAGACAAACUCAAGACAAUAUUCCACAGUAUUAUCAAAGGUGUCAAGCCGCUGUCAGAGAUAUAUUACACAUGUGCGGACUUGGACACAGCCACUCAUCUUCCCUAUUGCGGAAUGGUUUCGUCCAGUGUCGGCGUGCUGGUUGGUGGAAACAGCUACGGAGCGAUGAUGGCCGAAGAAAUGGGGAGGAUCGGUGCCGAUAUGAUCACUGGGAGGGGCGAGUGGGAUUGCGAUGUUCUAAAAGAUGACCUGAGAGUUCGUUACAUUUCAACAUAAUGUUAAUUCCAAAGUGUUUGGCAGAGACUCGAUCCGUUCCUAGAUGGGAUAUUAUGUAGUGCCAAGUUGACGUCACAUUGAAGGGCAAAGCCGGUCAUCUUUACGGAUUGUUUGUUUGUUUGUUUCUUGAGGUGUGUGUUUUUCGAUUAUGGUCUUCCCGUCAAGGGAAAUCAGCAAACUCCUAUAAGGGGAUAUGGCAACAGCCAAUCUCUUUUAUACAACUACUACGUAUAUGAUUAUUAUGAACUCAAUGAACUAAAAGGGCCAUAGACUAUGUAAAUCGGGCUUUUCUGGCGAAAAAAAUGAGCGAGUAAGGAAAAUUUGUUUUCAGUCUAAAGACUGCAGACCUUUUGGGCCUAUGACCCUUUUCUCAACACUGAACGCACCUCUGCACAAUGCGCGUUUACAAUUUCCACCGUUUGGGGGGAUUUAAUUCCUGUGUCUACAUUUCGACUUCCAAAAUGACUGACAAGAUAGGCGCGUGUAAGUGCGCUGCGCAUUGUGAUGUGCAAGGGGCGGCGGGGUCUAUGUUAUUUUCUUAAAAUGUGUGUCUUUUGAGACUUCCAUUUGGCUUCAUUUUUAUUAAAGCGCCCAAUUAAGGGCAGUUAAUGAGAGUUUUGUUUAUCUGUUUUCAUUGUGCCUUGCCCUUCUUGCCUGUCCCUAUUUAUCGAAAAUAAACCAUUAUGGCCCAGUGAGUUGUCCUAGUUGUGGGGAACAGACUCUCCAGCCACACAAACAAUAGUAAGAACGUAUGCCCUUGGU